GCCGUUCUGUUGGCGACAGAUGUUGUGUUUGCUAUUGGUCAACCAACGAUCACCGUGGCAUUCAUUACCUGAUCAUUCCACUUAAAUAUUAGCCACGUUAAGAACUAAACAACUCUAUUUGUUACGAUAAUAAAACACAAGCACAUUCUUCUGAUCAUUGUGUGAAAGCCAAUUACUUCAGAUUUCAAGAUGAACAAGAUUAUAGUCUGCUCCCUAAGCUUGCUACUUAUCCUCGGUUUUUGCUACGCCGAAGAAGAACAGUCCAACUAUACCGUUACCUGGCUAGCCUGGUUUAAUGUCGAAGUUAAAAACCAUUACGGUGCGGGUGAAGACUACACGGGCAAAUUUGUAAUCGGUCUGUUUGGAGAUACGGUGCCGAUGACUGUGAUGAAUUUUGUCAAGAUAACCGAAGGUUAUACUAGUGGUAGCCAAAAAUUACGCUUCAAGAAUAGUAACAUUCACAGAAUCGUUCCUGAUUUUGUUAUUCAGAUGGGUGACAUCACUGCCGGAGAUGGUACAGGAGGACGAAGUAUUUUUGGAGAUAAAUUCAACGACGAGAACUUCUUUUUAAGUCAUAAAGCGGCUGGGUAUGUUUCGAUGGCAAACCAUGGACCUGACACGAAUGGCUCCCAGUUCUUUAUAUUGCUCAACGCAGCCAGGUGGCUUGACAAUAAACAUGUCGUAUUCGGAAAGAUAGUCGAUGGUAUGGACACAGUUAAACUACUUGGAAACGUAGAGGCUGACUUUAGUACAGCCGUACCCAAGAAACGAGUCAAGAUAACAGAUUGUGGUGUUGAAGAAUUAAAAAACAAAUAUUCUUUAACAGAAGACGAAAUUCUUUCUGACAAAGACAUUGAUGUUACUGCCUCAAAUCAAUAAAUCAAGUAUUUUAUAAUUUUUCAUAACUCAUAUCUUAUAUCGACACGUUGGUUGAAGUCUCUUGGGAAUUAAAUAUUUGUCUUAUAAAAUACGUAAAAAUCAUGUCACUGUAUUCUUUCACAUUUUAUCAGUUUUUAGCAUUUUGAUAUUUUAUCGAUUUAAGAAAGUCUUUUGAUUAAAUAAAAAUUUUCAUUCGUUCGUAUUCCAUA